AUGCCUCGGUCCCUUCCAAAGCCCAGUCCUGCCUUGCGCGAGCAAGAGGACACCGAAAACACACGCAGUGCCCAAACAGCUCCCCCCUCACCGAGUGCCUACAGACGAUCUCAAAGCUACCUCUCGGAAACACAUACCGAAUAUCAGUCCCUCGAUGCACCGUUGGAGAUUUCAGAAACAACGAGCCUCCUCGGGCCCGCCCAAUCCUUCCGCCGACGAGCUCCGCGACGGUCUUACACCAGCACCUCCGGAGUGUCGGGCACCGGUCCGGACUCAUUUAGACAUGUUCUGGCGGCUGGCAGCCUUCGGCGAACGCGAAAUCAUAGCCGUGCUAACUCCACGGGUAGGCGGUUUAGUCGCCGAGGGAGUAUAGGCGGCGAUAGCAUACCCGCUAGCCUUCCUCCGUCCACGAAGGACAAUCUUACUGCCUCUUCGUUUCUGGAUGAGCGGACUUGGUACGAUCAAUUCACUUCCACAGAUUGGGUGCAUGACAGUAUCGCCGAUGGAGCCCGACUUCGCCUACUCCGCCAGCGAAAAGAUGUGCGAGGCCGAUUGUUGGCGGCCUUCGACGGUGCGCAAGGAUGGAUCUUGGUCGCGCUCAUUGGGUGCAUCACGGCCUCUAUUGCUUACUUCGUCGAUGUCACCGAAGGAUCGGUCUUUGAUCUGAAGGAAGGCUUCUGUACGACCCAAUUUUUCCGUAAUCGACGGACCUGCUGUGAAGGGCUGGGUGGUUGUGAUGCAUGGCGGUCCUGGUCCAGGAUCUUUUCGCCAUCGGGUACAGAAAACCAGUGGGUUGACUUCGUCGCGUUUGUCUUUUGGGUUGUGACGUUGGCCCUCAUAUCGUGUGCUUUGACUCUGCUCACAAAAACCGUCGUUCCUUCGUCCAUUUCUCUUGCCACGCUUGAUGAAAACCUGGGCGCCGACUCCCGUGGUACAAAAUCUGGAAAUGGACUCGAUGCCUCGGCUUCUCCUCUUUCGGAGCCAGAGACGAGUCCAGUGCAUGGAACUUUGCCUAAUCUUCCGUCCCGUCCAGCUAUGAUCUACUACUCUGCUGCUGGCAGUGGAGUGGCAGAAGUCAAAGUCAUCAACAGUGGCUUUGUCCUUCACGGAUAUAUGGGACUGAAGACGCUGGUCAUUAAAACUAUUGGUUUGAUCUUUAGUGUUUCGUCUGGUUUGAGCUUGGGCAAAGAAGGCCCCUACGUUCAUAUUGCCACCUGCGUGGGCAAUAUCUGCUGUCGUCUGUUCGCCAAGUAUAACCAAAACGAUGGAAAGCGACGAGAGGUUUUGAGUGCCAGUGCCGCUAGUGGUGUUGCUGUUGCCUUUGGUGCUCCGAUUGGCGGUGUCCUCUUUAGCUUGGAAGAAGUCAGCUAUUAUUUCCCACCCAAGACGCUUUUCCGGACGUUCUUUUGCUGCAUUGCAGCUACGUUGUCCCUCAAGUUCCUAAACCCUUAUGGAACAGGUAAGAUCGUCCUAUUUGAAGUCCGGUACCUUUCCGACUGGCAGAUCUUCGAGAUUUUCAUUUUCAUCCUUCUCGGUAUUAUGGGAGGCGCCGCUGGUGCGCUCUUCAUCAAAGCCUCGAGCCUAUGGGCACGAUCAUUCCGUCGCAUUCCAGCCAUCAAGCGCUGGCCAAUGCUUGAAGUUUUCCUUGUUGCACUGGUUACAGGCAUUAUGAGCUUCUGGAAUCGAUACACCAAGCUUCCUGUCACCGAACUUCUCUUUGAGCUAGCUUCUCCUUGUGAAUCAGAUGUGGAAAGUACGGGCCUGUGUCCCCGCACAGACGGCAUUCUUGAAAUCGUCCACUACCUUCUAGUGGCGUUUGUCAUCAAGAGUUUCUUGACCAUUAUUACGUUCGGCAUCAAGGUGCCUGCGGGCAUCUAUGUGCCAUCUAUGGUUGUUGGUGGCUUGAUGGGGAGGAUUGUUGGACAUUUGAUCCAGUACUGGGCUCUCAGACAUCCAACCUUUUUCUUAUUCAACUCUUGCCCUGCGGUUGCUGGAAUUGAGUCGUGCGUGACUCCAGGAGUCUACGCAUUGAUUGCCGCUGGAGCGACUAUGUGCGGCGUGACACGACUGUCGGUAACUUUGCCUGUGAUCCUUUUCGAAUUGACAGGAAGUCUUAACCACGUGCUUCCGUUUUCCCUGUCGGUACUCUGCGCAAAGUGGACAGCGGAUGCUAUUGAGCCUCGCAGUAUAUAUGACCUCUUGACCGAUAUGAACUCCUACCCCUUCCUUGAUAGCAAACUCCAACCGACCACCGAUGCUGAGCUGGGAGACAUAGUCCGACCAGUGCGGAAGAAUCGCAUCAUCGAUGUCUCUGCAUCGCCAUUCGUACCCGCCACGGAUCUCCGUUUGAAACUGGAACACUUGCUCAUGGCAGGCGAGCUGGACAGCGGACUUCCCAUUCUACGUGACGGUGUCCUAGCCGGUCUCAUCCCAGCACCCGAUCUCGAGUACGCACUGGAUACGCUGGGCGAGGAAGAAGAAAAUACGAUAUGUCUGAUGGCUAUGGAUGCUUCCACUGCCAUCUAUGACAGCGAUCACGAGGAUGCGGACCAGGUGGAUUUCAGUCGAUACAUUGACCCUGCUCCAAUCGCUCUCGAUGUCCAUUCCCCUAUCGAUUUGGUCUACCAAUGCUUUGCCAAGCUGGGUCUUCGUUACCUCUGCGUUACCCAGGACGGGAAAUAUGCCGGCCUGGUACACAAGAAAGCAUUCGUGAAAUUCAUGAAGGAGAAUAGCGACUAG